AUGAAUUUCACCUCCACACACUCGCAGCGGCGGACGAAAUGAGGCAAGAAGCAGGCGAGACACACCUUUCUUUUACCUGCGUUGCAGCAGUCGAACCUCUUGCCAAUUGAGAGAGUGAAAAGAGUCGCGCGCGCUGGUGACAUGUGUCGCUGGAACGAAAUCGACCGACCACUCGGACACUACUCUGCAAAUUCCGCCCUGGCCAUGUGCAGUUAUGGCCCUUAAGGAUUUCUGUAGCUGCUGCAGUUUACUCGUGGCCACCUCCGUCGCAGGCAUAUACGCCCUUGUCGCCUACGUUAUCGCCAUUGUUUUAGAAAUCUGGUGGAUGAUCCAAGAUAAAAGCGAAGUUCCUGCAGGUGCUUAUUUAUUAUGCUUCGGCCACUUUGUUACCAUAGUUUUAUCCGGACUCCUGAUUGUGGGAAUCGCCCUUAAGCAGACGCAGUGGCUGCUGGUAUGGGCUGCCUCUGUGGGCACUUGGCUUAUUCCAGAGGCUGCGUUGGCACUUUUUAUGAGCUUUAAUCACUGGAAAAUAGAAACGCCAGAGGGAACGACCGAGUUUUUGUUUUGGGUCAUUAGAGCGUCUUUCAAUAUUGUCAGCGUUGCGUGUACUGCUUCUCAAUACGCAAUAUGGACCGAGGAAAAAAUUAUAAUCAGACGUUUACAAAUUCUAAACAUGCAAGAGGCAGCGAUAAGGAAGGCCACAGACCAAGCAGGUGUUCCUGCAAAAAGCGGGCACAGCAACCCUGGAUUUAUUCACGCUUCUAGUGAGCAGGUGAACAAGGUGCCCCUGGCCGCCAUUCAGAGUAUUGGAACUAAUUCCCGAAGAGCCAGCACCACAAAUUUGGCCAAUGCUGGCGUAUCCUUGCAGGAGCAGAGCAGGCCUCACCCUUCUAGCAUUCCUAGCAAUUUACAUUUCAUAAGCUGCUAUGAAAAAACAAUGUCAAGAGGUAAAGUGGCUGGCCUCUCAAGUAAUGAAUUUAACGCUUCAAUGUUCAUGCGCCAAAGCCCAAACAACGUAGUUCUGCAGAGAGCACGGUCUCUUUUUGAAAUGCAGAUUCAGAACAAUAAUGUUUGGGGCUACUUUCCCAGCCCCAUGAAUCAAGCCCCAAUGUGCCCGGGGUAUUUGGACACAGCACCAGAAGCAUCGACGCAAAGUCUGGAUAGACGCCAGAUUAAGUCACAAAUGAGACUGCAGCAGCACGUAAGAGCGCCACCCUACGGACACCACUACGGCACCCUUCCGCGCUCCUUCCGAAUGCAACGGACCAUGAGCAACGGCUCGUUGCAAGGAAGCAACUACAGCAGUCACACGUCCCUUGGCUCACAACAAUCGGACCAGAGAUACAAAGACAUUGCCCUUUAACUAGUGAUUAACGAUUAACUGGACUGAACGCAGUUUGAUUUGAUAAAUCAAUGAAUAAAUGUUUUAACAACCUAAUCUUUCAAUUUGAAUUUUA